GGCUGCUGAGCGAGCCCGUAGUCAGGUCUGGAGCAGAGUUAUGAGCAGGUCGGUGUUUCGAUUGGCAGUGCUUUGACCAGUGGCCAUGCCGAGGCCCAGCCUGGAGGCGGCCGGGGGCCGUGGGGGCCGCCGCCCCGAGUCCCACUGAGCACCGAGAUGCCCCGCAAAAAGAUGGCAGCCGACGGCAGCGAUUCGCAGUCGCCGCGUGGCCCCGACGUCACCCUGGACCAUCAGAUGCCUCCUCAGGGUCCGCCUUCGCACCCAGGUCCGAGCGCAGAGUCUUCGGCGGCGUCGAACGACUCGUCCGACCUGCGGUACCGGCACAAGAAGUUCCAGAAGAUGGCCUUGGCGUCGCCCUCGCCGCCCCCGGCAGCCGCCGCAGUCUCCGAGGGCCCCGUGAACGGGUCCGGCCGGUACGUGUGUCCGUACUGCCAGAUGGCGUGCGCCAAGCCCAGCGUGCUGCAAAAGCACGUCCGCGCGCACACCAACGAGCGGCCCUACCCUUGCAGACCUUGCGGAUUCGCGUUCAAGACCAAGAGCAACCUGUACAAGCACUGCCGCUCGCGCACCCACGCCAUCAAGGCGGGCGAACCCGAGGGCAUGGACGAGGAGACGGACGAGCUGCUCGACUCGGACGACGAACCCAACCCCAGCAGGCCGUACAAGCCCAAGUUCCAGGGCCAGUGUCCGCCCGGCAGCCCUGAGUUCCUCCAGAGGCACAUCAGCAAGAUAAUCAGCGAGAACCAGGCCAUUGUGGAGACCGUCGACCCCCUGUGGUCCAGGCGCUACCACAGAAACCUUUCCAGUCCUGCCACUGAACAAAAGACUGCGGGGAGGAGUGCUGAAAGUUCAAAAGCGUCGAGACUGGCCCACGCACUGACCCGGCCCAAGGAGGAGGGUUCGGAGCCGCUCAACCUGAGCGUCAGCAGCCCCCAGAGGCGGCGCAGCGACGGAGGCGGCUCCAGCAACGGCUUCCUCGUCCUCUCCCCGCCCUCCAAGAUUGCACGUCUGGCCAUGGACAACCAUCCGCAGAACCCCGAAGGCUCCAUCAUCAAGGAUCUGCUGCUCAAGGCUCGGCAAGGCGCCGACAUGGCCGAACUGCUCAGCAGCGAAGUCAACCCUGCCCUUUUCCUCGAGGCCGCCGCAGCCUCCUCUGACUCUUCCCCCGCCUACGUUUGUGAUUUGUGCAGGAUCAGCUACAGGAACUCUGAGAAUCUUGAGAUUCACCAGCGCUACUACUGCAAAGGCCCGCAGGAGUCGGCGAAGAAAAACAGCCUCUUGCAGCACGAGGCUGCCAAACUGGCCGCUGCACUGGAGCUGGCCGCCCUGGCCACCCCUCCGCCCUUUCCCUCGCCGGGACCACUGCUGGGCUCCACGCCUUUGGUCGGAGGCUACAACGACGCGCCGGCCUCCAAAAGGCAACGACUGUCGAGUGAAGAGAGGCCGCCUUCGACUGCUAGCCUUCGUUCACUAGAGGAACUCUCUCGCUCUCCCAGACCUAUGCAGAUGUUUGGAGGAAAAGUGCACAUAAAUGAUGGUCACGAACCAAAAACCAUGAUCAUCGACCCCUGCAGACCUCCAGCCGGAACGUCCUUACUGCCCGAGCAGCAGCCCAACUCGAGUGGCCGGAGUUCUCCAACGAGCAUCACCAUAUCAAGGUGUAACCUGAACUCAGGUGGGACCAUCGUACAAAUGAUCGCCUCCACGUCUCAGUCGUCAUCCUCGAACCCGGCCAACGCCCCCCUUGUGCCUGACCAGCAGCUUUUGGCGGCAGUGGCGCGGCCUAUCGUGCCCAAAAUCACCGCCCCCAGUCUGGCGCCAUCCCUGCAGACCCCCUACCUGGCAUACAACCCCCUCACACUGCCAUCCGUCCCCACCCCGACGAGCAGACGAACCUCCUCGGACGCUGGGGUUGUCACGAUUGUGCACGGCGGCCGGGAAAUUCCUUACGUGCCAGGCAUGCCGGGGCCGCAAAGUCUGACCGAGUCGCGACCUCUCGACCUUGUGUGCGGUCCUCCGCCGGCCAAGCCAGACAUUCCUCUCAAACCCACGCAGUCGACGCCGCCCCCGCUGCAACCCAUCAAGAGCCAUCCACCCCGAUCGCCGCCCCCCGCCGACAGUCCGUCCGAGGAGGGACCUCCCAAGCCCAAGUUCCUGCGGCCCACCUCGCUGCCCCUCAAGCCGGGCACCUUCGCGCCCAAGCGACCCCUGCUCACCUCGCUGGCAGGCACGACCCUGGUGAGCCCCGAGACGCCCCGGCCUCGCAAGUCCUACGGCCAGUUGUACCUGAACGGCCACGCGUACACGUACCUGGGGCUCAAGUGCUCCACCCGGGUGUUCUACUGCUGCCUCACCCAGCCGCAGCCCAUGUACGUGCCCCAGAGCACCGACCCCAAGCUCUCCAUGUACUCCAACUGGAGGGUGCUGUCCCCGUCGGCGGACCCGCCCGAGAUGGCGCCGGCGCAGGCCAUGGCGCUCUACGACUCGAGGCACAGGCCAAACAAGUACUCCAUCGCCAGCACCAGGCCCCAGUCGCUCGUGGUCACGCACUCCUCCCAGUGGGACAGCGGCCGUAAAACUGACAGCCCCGAUUCCAACUCAUCAAAGUCCAGUAGUGAUGCUAAGCAAACUAAAGAGCAAAUGUCUCCGAAUGGAGAGCCCCUGCCAAAGAGGGUGAAAAUUUUUGCCGGCGGAUUCGAGUCCAACGAAGAGUACACUUAUGUGAGAGGCAGGGGCCGUGGGAAGUACGUUUGUGAAGAGUGCGGCAUUAGGUGUAAAAAACCCUCUAUGCUCAAGAAACAUAUCAGGACACACACAGAUGUGCGACCUUUCACCUGUAAACACUGCAGCUUCAGUUUUAAGACUAAAGGCAAUCUGACCAAGCAUAUGAAGUCCAAGGCACACUACAAAAAGUGCAUGGAAUUAGGAAUCUUACCUGUGCCAACCGCAGUGGAGGACAGCAACAUUGAUGAGGAACUGCUGUUGAGACAGCAAGCACUUAGAGUAGAACGAGGUGAUGGCCCUGAUUCAGAGUCUGAUGAAGAAGACGAUGAGGACGAGGAUGAUGAUGAAGACGACGACGAAGAUUCUAUGCAAAUAAGUGACAUUGAUGCUGGGCAGAGAGAGGCCGCGUGCAGUCUCUUGUCCCUGGCCGAGCAGCAUGUGGGUCUGAUCCCUAUUUCGGCCCGACCCUUCACGUACCCCUAUUCGAGUGGCCCCACUUGUACAACAACCACAAUCACCACAGCAGCUCGCACGCCGACAAUUUCAUCGGUCAGUGCACACAGCGAGAGAGAAAAGGUGUCCAGGAACACUCGCUUGGUCAUGCCGGAGCAAAAGGGUGCGGCCGCGCCUUCCGGAGGGGGCGACCGCUACUACUUCCCCUCCAAAAGGGAUGAAUCCGCCUCAGGGUCAACCCCGGAGGCCACGCCCCCACCCAUGGACUUGAGCAGACCCGCUCCUGUGACUCCAGUGCCAGACUCGGCAGCCCUAUUGGCCGCCCUUUGCAGCACCGUGGAGCGCCUUCCUCAGGGUGGGCGUCAGGGUCAGGCCCCACCUGACAUGCUGCACGCCUACCUGACCGAAAAGGCGCUGCACGACGUCAGGAUCAAGCAGCACCAGGUUCACCGGUGGCGCGGCCUCCCUCCCGACUCGAACGCCGCAACCCCAAACACCCCCGUGGCCUCCCCCGCCCCCUCGCUACUCACCCCGACCCUGGCGUGCAACAUGUCUGCCCUGCUGCUCAAUUCGCCCAUGAAGGAGGUCAGUUCUGAGUCUCAUCCGCCUUCGGCACCUCCGAAACUGGACAACUUGAACAAAGCCGCGGCCAUUGGCCAACAACACGUGGCCGCCGCGGCGGCCGCCAUUGCGGCAGCAGGAGGUUCACCGCCGCACUCUGCAAGUCCGAGCAAGCCCAAGGCAGAGUUCAUGCCACCAGCAAGUGGCCCUGGUAGCAACUAUGGCAGUUUAACUGAAGACGGCAAGAGCCAGUGUGCAAUCUGCAAUAAAGUGUUCUCAAAACCGAGUCAGCUUCGCCUUCAUGUCAACAUCCACUACUUCGAGCGGCCAUUCAGGUGUGAGUCUUGUGCAGUGUCCUUCCGCACCAAAGGUCAUCUCCAGAAGCAUGAACGAUCCGUCAGCCACCAGAACAAGGUGAGCAUGAACUCCACAUUCGGCAUGCCCACCACUGACAACCCCCGACCCUUCAAAUGCGAGGACUGCAAAAUCGCCUUUCGAAUUCACGGCCACCUCGCCAAGCACCUGCGCUCCAAGAUGCACAUCAUGAAACUUGAGUGUCUGGGAAAACUGCCCUUCGGAACCUACGCCGAGAUGGAGCGGUCCGGAAUCAACCUGAAUGAAAUUGACACGACGGACUGCGACAAUUCCCUUGAAAGUUUACAAAUCUUGGCUCAGAAAAUCUACGAGAAGGACCCGUCCAAGCUGCAGCCGUGGGACCGCCGACGCACCACAAGCGAAUCUUCAGAGGACAUGACCGAAGAUCCAGGAGAAAUGUACAUGGGACACGGCCAAGGUCACCACAUGCAAGCAGGUCCCUCUGCCAUGGAUGACGGCAUGAAACACAGACUGAUGUCAGGCUCUGAUUACGACGACGGUUCCGAAGGAGAACCUGAUGUUGGUCAUGAGGUGCUGAGCUACAAGUGCCCUAUUUGUGAACAGGCCUUCCCUUCAGUUAACUCCCUCAAGGUGCACAUCUUUGUGGACCACAGCAAUGCCCCUAGCGAGGCGCCGAUGGAGCAGCCGGACAAGUUUAGAGGCAGAAUCGAUAGCAGCACUAGUCAGGUGUUCAAAUGUGACCUUUGUGGCCUCCAUCUCCCGAGCCAGGACUCCCUCCACAAGCACGUCGCAUCACACUCUCAACCCCGGCCUUUCGUGUGCAAGUAUUGCGACGCUGGUUUUACGUCCAAGACUCACCUGCUGCAGCACCUGGCACUUCACCAGGCGGGGGCGGCUUUCAACGGCCCCCUGGCGGCCCCCAAUUAGUGAUUUUGACUUGUACCUCAAUGUUUUUGUGUCUUCCUCGCUGCCAUCAUCGCUACUACUACUACUACUGUCGUUGUUUGUUGUUAUCAUUUGAGAAUAUUGUACAUUUGUUGAAAGGAUCAAAAGCCAGAGGUGGACAUAUCAGUUAGUAAUUUUGUUGAAUCAUGUUAAAAACGAAUCGCCAAAGUAAUGGGCUGAUUUCAAAUGAGGGUUGAUUUGCACUUUGUAAUGUUUUAGACGGUUUUAGACGCUGAACAAAUUCAAAAUUUUUAUCAUUUUGCUUUUUACACAAUUUUUUUUUCUUAUCAAAACAACAGGCAGCUCAAAGUGCAAGUCGGAAUUGCAGUGAAGGUCAAGUUUUGUUCCUGGACCAAAAGUGUUGAAA